UGGACUUCAUUUUCAUUCCCCAUUACUUCACAACUUGAUUUUAUUUAGCCACUCUCCUGUCGGUUCUGGUGCACAUUACUAGCAUCCAUCCCAGUUAAGGCGGAUGGAUGUCUGCACAAGGAAGACAGGAGCAGAGUUGUAGAAGCCCUUGAGGGAUCUUCCUGCAUGUUUGGAAGAGAUAAGUGAAAAGGAUGUGGGAAUGGAAGGGGUGGGCUUGUCACUACUAACACUUCCUAGGGGGGUGAAUUUACACCUUUUUUUGUGGUGGAGGCGGACUGACAAACUUCAAGACUGGCACAGAAGAAGCAGAGCAAGGAUGGCGUUUUAGAACCCACAACAUUGGCCAUCUUGGGGGGAAGGGGGUUAUUGCAUGCUCACGCACAUGCACAUAAAAGCCUCCAUUUUUCUUGACUUGAUGAAGACAUAAAGGCCUGUUGAGCUCCCAUGUUUUUUGAAGGUGGGCGACUUGCUUGUGACAUUAUAGCAGACUCCAUUUUCUGUGGCCAAAUGACAGCUUGACCCAGUUGUUACUCCAACCAGAGGGCAUCGUCUUGAAUGUCUCUUUGUAGUGCCACAGCCAACGCAAAAAUGAUGGCGGCUUACAAUGGCGGUACAUCUGCAGCAGCAGCAGGUCACCACCACCACCAUCACCAUCACCUUUCUCAUCUGCCCCCUCCUCAUCUCCAUCACCACCACCACUCUCAGCACCACCUGCACCCAGGCUCUGCAGCUGCAGUACAUCCUGUACAGCAGCAUGCUUCUUCGGCAGCGGCGGCUGCAGCAGCAGCGGCUGCUGCAGCAGCAAUGUUAAACCCAGGGCAGCAGCAGCCAUAUUUUCCAUCUCCAGCACCAGGUCAGGCCCCUGGACCAGCAGCAGCAGCAGCCCCAGCUCAGGUACAAGCCGCCACAGCUGCUGCAGUAAAAGCUCACCAUCAUCAGCACUCGCAUCAUCCACAGCAGCAACUGGAUAUUGAGCCAGACAGGCCUAUUGGAUAUGGUGCCUUUGGUGUAGUCUGGUCUGUAACAGAUCCACGAGAUGGAAAGAGAGUUGCACUCAAAAAGAUGCCCAACGUCUUCCAAAACUUGGUCUCUUGCAAAAGGGUCUUCCGUGAAUUGAAGAUGUUGUGUUUUUUCAAGCAUGACAAUGUACUCUCUGCUCUCGACAUACUCCAACCACCACACAUUGACUACUUUGAAGAAAUAUACGUUGUCACAGAGUUGAUGCAAAGCGACCUCCAUAAGAUUAUCGUCUCUCCUCAGCCUCUCAGCUCGGAUCAUGUCAAAGUUUUCCUUUACCAGAUUUUAAGAGGUCUGAAAUACCUACAUUCCGCUGGUAUUUUGCAUCGAGACAUUAAACCAGGAAACCUGCUAGUGAACAGCAACUGUGUUCUUAAGAUUUGUGAUUUUGGAUUGGCCAGGGUGGAAGAAUUAGAUGAAUCUCGUCACAUGACUCAGGAAGUUGUCACUCAGUAUUAUCGGGCUCCGGAAAUCCUGAUGGGCAGCCGUCACUAUAGCAGUGCUAUCGACAUCUGGUCCGUAGGCUGCAUAUUUGCAGAACUGCUCGGACGAAGAAUACUGUUUCAAGCGCAAAGUCCCAUUCAGCAGUUGGACUUGAUCACAGAUCUGUUGGGAACACCAUCACUGGAAGCAAUGAGGACGGCUUGUGAAGGCGCCAAGGCACACAUACUCAGGGGUCCUCAUAAACAGCCAUCCCUUCCUGUCCUGUAUACAUUAUCUAGCCAAGCUACACAUGAAGCUGUUCAUCUCCUUUGUAGGAUGUUGGUCUUUGAUCCAUCCAAAAGAAUAUCCGCUAAGGAUGCCUUAGCUCAUCCAUAUCUUGAUGAAGGGCGUUUGAGAUAUCACACCUGUAUGUGCAAAUGUUGUUUUUCCACGUCAACUGGAAGAGUUUACACGAGUGAUUUUGAACCCAUCACGAAUCCCAAAUUUGAUGAUACUUUCGAAAAGAACCUCAGUUCUGUUCGGCAAGUUAAAGAAAUAAUUCAUCAGUUCAUUUUGGAACAGCAGAAAGGAAACCGAGUGCCGCUGUGCAUCAACCCGCAAUCUGCUGCUUUUAAGAGCUUUAUUAGGUAACUUUCCACUGUUGCUCAGCCGUCUGAGAUGCCGCCGUCUCCACUGGUUUGGGAGUAAAUGUGGAAGACUUUUUUAAAAUGUACUACUGAAGACAUAAUGUAGCUUUCCACUGGAUUCUGGGAUUUGCAAUUCUGGAGGUUUAAUCAUGCUUGUACUGUAAUUUUACUAACGAAGUUUUAAAAUUUAACAACCACUAUCCUUGUAUGAUAUACGAAUAAGAGUUAGAAAUGUUAACUAGACUUUUAAUCUUGUCAAGGGUGGGGUUGUGCUUUUAGAAGAAAAAUAUUUUAUCCAGAGUUGCACUUGGUUUUUAUGAAUUUUAGUGCAGCUGUGAUUUUUUGCUUGGCUCUGAACAAAACUGAAGAUUGAACCAAAUUGGGAAAGUUGCUAUUUUUGUGUUCCUUCCCCCCCUUCUUUCUCUUCCUGCCCCACUUUUCCCCCUUCAGAUAAAGUGAGAUUGUGCAA